AGAAUGCAGUGCUAUUUGGUAUAAAUUGUGGGUGCAAAUGGUAAGGUUAUCAAGAGUUUCUUGAAGGUGGUAUUAAGUUCAGUGGAAGAUGUUGGUGCAUGUUCUCUUCCUGCUGCCCCUACUGGUGCCUGGUGGGCUCUCUCAGUCAUGUGGGGAAUCUGUUGUAAUAGUGGCCUCAAAGCAACUGGCAAAGCAGCUGGACUUCAGUAAAGAGAACCAAUUCAGAAGCUGCAAGGAGAUAAAAGAUUCUAACAAUGACUCACAAGAUGGGCUAUACAAACUCACAUCUUCAGAUGGGAUCUCCUACCAGACCUUCUGUGACAUGACUACAAAUGGAGGAGGAUGGACUUUGGUGGCCAGUGUGCAUGAGAACUACAUGGCAGGGAAGUGCACUGAGGGAGAUCGCUGGUCCAGCCAACAAGGAAAUCGGGCUGACCGUCCUGAGGGCGAUGGCAACUGGGCUAACUUUAACACAUUUGGAUCACCUGGUGGAGCAACUAGUGAUGAUUACAAGAAUCCUGGCUAUUAUGAUAUUGAAGCAGACAACCUUGGGGUGUGGCACGUGCCCAACAAGACCCCCCUAAGUGUUUGGAGGAAUUCAUCCCUGCAGAGAUACCACACAACAGAUGGGGUUCUUUUCAAAAAUGGAGGGAACCUGUUCAGCCUGUACCAGAUCUAUCCAGUGAAGUAUGGCAUAGGAAGCUGCCAAAAGGACAGUGGCCCCAUUGUGCCUGUAGUGUACGACUUUGGAAGUCCGAACUUAACAGCUUCUUUCUACUCCCCAGAUUUCAGAAGUCAGUUUACUCCUGGCUACAUCCAGUUUCGACCAUUUAACAAUGAGAGAGCUGCACUGGCGCUGUGUCCGGGAAUGAAGAUGGAGUCCUGCAAUGCAGAACAUGUGUGCAUUGGAGGAGGUGGCUAUUUCCCAGAAGCUGACCCUAGGGAAUGUGGAGACUUUGCAGCCUAUGACUUUAAUGGAUAUGGAACCAAAAAGUUAAACAGCGCAGGCAAAGAGAUAACUGAGGCAGCCAUACUACUCUUCUAUCUGUAAUCUUAAUAAACUGGUACAAAUUAAA